GCACCAACGGUGGGCUGCCAGCCGGUGGAGACCGGCGGCGGCCAUGGCCGCGCAACCAGUCAGGCCUGGCCGUGGAGGAGAGCGACCGCACCGGCAGGCCCGUCCGCUGGAGGAGACCAGCAACGGCGGCGGCCAUGGGGUGAGGGGAGAGAGGCGCCGGGUCUGGCCUGCUCGCCUAGGCGAGGCGGCGGCAGCAGCCCGAGCCACGGCACUUGGCCCGCACAGAGACUGAGGCCAACGAGGAAGAUGGCCAGCAGAAGCCAAGCGGUGACAAGAGGCGGCAUCCGCGGGCAUGACCAGGAGCCCUAAGAAAGCAGGGGACCCAACCGUAGGGGCAAGCGGCGGAGGCGGGCCUGGCGGCCAUGAAGCAGAGAGACGGCAUCAGCGGGCAUGGCCUGGAGACCAAAGGGUGUAAGCCUGCACAAGGGGUGACGGAGGUACAAGAAGGAGCCAGUAGGGGGAUACGUGACAGAGGAGACGGUUGAGAGGGCGAGAUAGUAAAAAUGGAGACUGAGGGACAUUUGCUGAUGAAAAUGUACACACAGACAAAGAAAAAGAGACCAUGGAUAGACAACAUCAUCUGAGGAAGAUGAUGCAAAAAAAAAAAAAAAAAAGGAAAGAGAAGAUGAAUCCGAGGAAGAAGCAGAGAGAAGAAAAGAAGGAAGAAAUCAAAAGGACAGAAAACGAAGAGCAGAAAAGAGAAGAAAAAAAUCAGACAGCUGAAAGAAAAAUGCCCUCAAAGACAACACAAGCAAACAAAGAAGAUGCAAACAUUGAGCAGAAAAGACUAGGCAAAAACCAAAGACAAAAAAGGAAACGAAAGGAUGAGAGUUUGGAAUCCAGAGACCAUCGUCUACACAUAAAAAGACAAGCAAAACGAUGUAAAUUAGUAGACUACAAAACCAACGCCACACAAAUCUAUACAGAAGAUAGCACUGAGGAACAUAACUGUGGGACUCUGACUGAAAGCUGCCAUUACUGUGGUGCACUUUAUUGGUUAGAUGAACUCAAUAGUACAAGAAAAUACACUAAAUGCUGUCAUGAUGGAAAAGUGACACUCAAAGAACUUAAUGAACCACCUGACUUACUCAAAGAACUGCUUCUCACACAAUCAACAGAGGCAAAAAAUUACAGAGAGCAUAUCAGAGAAUACAAUGCUGCUUUGGCUUUGGCUUCAAUGGGAGCUGAAAUCAACACACCUCCAGGCAGAGGACCAUACUGCUUCCGUAUUCACGGACAAAUCUAUCAUAAGGUAUCUCCACUUUACCCAAGUGAACAACACAAGCCAGGGUAUGGUCAACUGUACAUAUUUGACACGGGAGAAGCAACCAAACAACGCCUACAGAACAACUCGGCCUGCUUAGCAACAGUACUGGAAAGUCUGGAUCCCCUUCUAAGAAACAUCAACCCAUUUGCAAAGUCUUAUGAACAAAUGCAUAGACUAACAGAAAGUUUUCAAACAGCAAAAGUACAAAUGAUUUUCAUGGAACAAGCAAACUUAGACCUCAGAAGGUACAACGCACCAAGUUCCCACACUGAGGUUGCAGCAAUAUUUGUUAAUAUCAUAAUGCCCUUAUACAGAUUUAUGGUGCGGCCACAUUUGGAGUAUAGUGAACAUAUCUGGUCACCAUAUCUCAUAAGGGACACGUAGAACUGGAAAAAAUACAGAAGAGGGCAACCAAGAUGAUCAUCAGGAGUCUAGAACACCUUCCUUAUGAGGUAAGGCUACAAAAUCAGGGGCACUGAGUUUAGAAGAACUAAGGGGAGGCUGGACAGAGGUCUAUAAAAUUAUGCAUGGAAGGGAGAGUGUGGAUAGCGAGAAUUUCUUCUUCCUCCCUCAGAACACUAGAACCAAGGGUCAUGCUGUGAAACUGAUUGUCAGGAAAUUUAGGACCAACCCCAAAGUAUUUUUUCAGACUGUGCAUAAUUAAUCUGUGGAAUUCUCUGCCAUGAGAUGUGGUGACGGCUACCAGCUUGGAUGGAUUUCACUUGGAUGGUAAAAGGGGCUUAGACAAAUUCCUGAAGGACAGGUCUAGCACUGGCUACUAGUCUUGAUGGCUAUAGGCCGCCUUCAGGCUCAGAGCCAGGAUGCCUCUCAAUACUCGUUAGGAACAUAGGAA